AUGGCAAGUAAGAUGAUCAACAGUAUAUUGUUCACUUGCUCUGCUCUUGCAGCUCUUCUGCUCUUUGUUCUUAAUUCUCAAACUUGCAUUGCAGCAAGGCUCACACAAAGUGAGAUGUCUACAAGUACAAGUGCGGAGUUUAUUCGUAAAUCAUGCACAAAAACAGAUUACCCAACGCUCUGUUUCAGUUCACUCUCUUCUUAUGCACCCAUAAUCCAAACAAGCACUGAGCAACUAGCUAAAGCUGCACUCUCUGUCAGCCUAGAUAGCACCAGAAGCACAUCAACAAUGAUUAGAUCGACGUCAAAAAGCAGGGGAAUGAGUUCUAGAGAGGAAGAAGCCAUGAGUGACUGCAUGGAGACCUUGCAAGACUCUGUGGAAGAGCUUAAACAGUCCCUGCAUGAAAUGGCAAAGCUUAGAGGUAAGGAUGUGAAGCUUCACAUGAAUGAUAUACAAACAUGGGUGAGUGCUGCACUGACAGAUGAGAACACCUGCAUAAAUGAAUUCACAAGCGAUGGAAACAAGAAUGGAGGUGCUGAGAAUAAGGUGAGAAGCCAAGUUGUGAAGGUGGCUCAGCUUACAAGCAAUGCCUUGGCACUUAUCAAUGGCAUGGCUGGUGUUCAAUCCUCUUAUCCUUAA